UUGUUUCUACUCCUCUCAGUACCGUGUCCAAUAAUCUCAGUCCAUUCGGGAGUCGAGCCGGUCAUUCUCUGACGUGCCCGGGACAGGCAUUUUGGCGCAAAGCAGAUGUUGAAUUGAUUCGUGUUUUAUUAACAGAUCGGUUAGGCUAUUCUUCUUGUUGUUGUUGUGAGUUCCCCCUGCAAGUCAUUUUCUUGCAUCAAAAGAGACAGUCUACAAGAUCAUUACAACUUAAAAACUACAAAAUGGCACUUCAGAAUAGAAUCCUUCAUCUGAGCUGCAGGAGAGUUUUGGGAGAAGUGCUCAAUAAGAGGUUUGUCAGUAAUUCUCCUGCGCUGCUCAAAUCUGCAACCAGCGAGUCGCUCCGGGUCUGCGCGACCGGAGAAGAGACUUUCCCGGAGGGUUUGAUCACACCGGGGACCGGGGCGGACGUGGUCGGUAAGGAGACCCGGAUCAAGAGUCUGAAAGAGAUGCCGGGACCGAGCGCCAUCAGCAACCUGGUGGAGUUCUUUUACCGGGACGGUUUCAGUAGAAUCCACGAGAUACAGAUGGAACACUCUCAGAAGUAUGGAAAGAUCUUUAAGUCUCGUUUCGGCCCCCAGCUGGUUGUGUCUAUCGCAGGGCGGGAUCUGGUUGCCGAGGUGCUGAGGACGGAGGGUGUGGCCCCGCAGAGAGGCAACAUGGAGUCCUGGAAGGAGUACCGCGACCUCAGGGGCCGAUCUACCGGACUUAUCUCAGCGGAGGGUGAGGACUGGUUGAAGAUGCGCAGCGUCCUGCGUCAGCUGAUCAUGAGACCGAAGGACGUGGCUCAUUUCUCUGACGAUGUGAAUGCUGUGGUGGGGGACCUGGUGAAGAGAGUGGUUACGCUGAGGAGCCAGCAGACAGACGGACUCACCGUACUCAAUAUUAACGAUCUGUUUUUCAAAUACGCAAUGGAAGGUAUGGCAGCCAUCUUGUACGAGGACCGUCUGGGCUGCUUGGAGAAUGAGGUUCCUCAGAAGAGCCAGGACUACAUCGCAGCCCUGCACCUGAUGUUUAGUUCCUUUAAAAUGACCAUGUACGCCGGAGCCAUCCCUAAGUGGCUCAGAACCAUCAUCCCCAGACCCUGGGACGAGUUCUGCAGCUCCUGGGACGGACUCUUCAGUUUCAGCCAAAUCCAUGUCGAUAAGCGUCUGGGGGAGAUCCAGGAUCUGGUGUCCCGAGGAGAGACUGUGAAGGGGGGGCUUUUAACUCACAUGCUGGUGACCAGAGAGAUGAACCUGGAGGAGAUCUACGCCAACAUGACCGAGAUGUUACUGGCUGGGGUGGACACGACAUCAUUCACCCUGUCCUGGGCCUGCUACCUCUUGGCCCGUCAUCCUGAGGUCCAGCAGGAGAUCUACGAGGAGGUGAAGAUGACUCUGGGACACGGGACCAUCCCCACCGCUGAUGACGUCCCUCGUCUACCCCUCAUCAGAGGACUAGUGAAGGAGACACUAAGAAUGUUUCCUGUUCUGCCGGGCAAUGGGCGUGUUACCCAGGAUGAGUUGGUGAUUGGUGGUUACUCCAUCCCCAAAGGGACCCAGACUCUCUUCAUAUCCUCCCUGUUUCCUGUCCUCCUCCUCCUCAGACCCAGUUGGCUCUAUGUCACUACUCUACCUCCAUGGACGAGGAGAAUUUCCCCGGAGCUGACGACUUCCGUCCAGACCGCUGGAUCAGGAAGGACGCUACGGACCGGGUGGAUAACUUCGGCUCCAUCCCGUUCGGCUACGGCAUCAGGAGCUGCAUCGGCAGGAGGAUCGCUGAACUGGAGAUGCACCUGGCUCUUACACGGCUGAUCCAGAGGUUCCAGAUUGGGCUGUGUCCCGUCACAGAAGAAAUCAAAGCCAAAACCCACGGCCUCCUCUGUCCUGCUGCGCCCAUCAACCUGCAGUUUGCUGACAGACAACCCUAGACCAAAACCCACGGCCUCCUCUGUCCUGCUGCGUCCAUCAACCCGCAGUUUGCUGUCAGACAACCCUAGACCAAAACCCACGGCCUCCUCUGUCCUGCUGCGUCCAUCAAACCGCAGUUUGCUGACAGACAACCCUAGACCAAAACCCACGGCCUCCUCGGUCCUGCUGCGUCCAUCAACCCGCAGUUUGCUGACAGACAACCCUAGACAGAUACACUGUUUAACUCCUUUCUGUAAAAGGCCUCCUGGACACAUCCAGAACAUCUUAUCUCUAUAGUGUGGAGGUCAAUGGGGGAAAAACUGACAAGACAACCAUAAGGCAGGUUUAUAGUCCGUCCAGCCACGUCUGUAGACCAUUAGAAGGCGACAAGUGUCUUUUGGCUAAAUGAACAUUACAUUUAUUUUUUUAUUUUUUACUCUGGCCGAUUUAUUCUGUAGACCGUCGGUUUCCUUGACACAGAGACAAAGAAACAAUUGUAAACUUUAACUUUAAAUUUCAACUAAGCCACACCCUUCCCACUCGUGCUCCCAGUGCACUCAGACCUGUACAGGAAUAAAGAGAUCUGCUGGA